ACAAACUUUCAACCACCCUUCUGCUUCUGCCUCCUGCUUGCGCGGGUAAAACUUCGACCUUUCCUCCAAAGACUCCAGCCCCAGCAAAUCACCGCAAGCUGGGCCAUUCAAGUCUAUCGUAUCCCCCUCUGACGUAUCGCCAUCCGACGACCGACCGUCUUCUCCAGUACAAGAGAUCCCCCCCUCCGUGCCUAGACACCAAAAGGGACGGCAUCUAAUCCUACGGAAUAUCCCUCGGAGAUAUCCAGCCUUCUCUUCGCUUGCUCUCUCCGCACCACCACCACCUCCUCCCGCAACCCCUAGCGAAACAAGCCGCACCGUUCGGCCUCCCUACGAACUUCCCCCGCAUCGCGCAUCGAUUUCACUCGACGCGCGAAGCCGCCUCAACACCGCAAUCAUGGCGCCCAAGAAGAAGGAGCAGGUCAAGAUGGCCCUUGGCGAUUUCCUCCAGGACUCAAGCUACGGAGGCUCAUGGGCUGAUGAGGUCGAGGAUACGUACAGCACUCAGGCUCUGCCCGCCACCGACCGCGCAGGCUACCGUCCCAGCCAAGGUGGCUGGGGUAGCGGCGCCGGCGCCGGCGGCGAUCGUUCCGAGCGAAGAGACUACGGUGGCUACUCUUCCAUCCGCGAAAACCUUCCCCAGAAGCUUCCCGAGAGACCCCCUUACACCGCUCACCUCGGCAACCUGUCGUACGAUGCCACUGAGGAGACUGUCAACGAGUUCUUCGAGGGAUGCGAUAUUGUCAGCGUCCGUAUUAUCGAGGACCGCGAGCAGCAGCGCCCCAAGGGUUUCGCCUACGCCGAGUUCAAGGAUCUCGAGGGACUGAAGCAGGCUCUGACUCUGGACGGCCAGACCUUCCAGGGACGUGCCAUCAGAAUCAAGAUUGCCGACCCUCCCCGUAGUGGUGACCGUGGCGGUGAGUCCAACCGCGACUUCAGCGACUGGUCCCGUAAGGGACCCCUUCCCGACUUGCCUGGCCGUGGUGGAAAUGACCGCCGUCCCUCCGACUUUGGCGAGCGCCGUGGCCCCCGCGAGCCCCGCGAGCCCCGCGAGGAUGAUGGCAAAGUCCGUGACUUUGGCAACUGGGAGCGCAGAGGCCCCCUUUCUCCCGUCGCUCCCAAGGAGGAUGGCUCCCGCGAAGGCAGCCGUCCCCGUACCAACGAUGGACCCCGUGAGUUCCGCGACCGCCACCAGUCCCCCGCCGCUUGGGGUGAAGGUCAGGCGCCCCGCCAGGACCGCCAGGACUCUCGCCCUCCCCGCCCUGAGCGUGUGCCGACUGCUGCCGAGAAGGACAACCAGUGGAGAUCCAACAUGCGCCCCGACGCCUCUGGCAAGUCCGCCAGCCAGUCUCGCGACGGCAGCGAGGCCCCAUCUUCGCCCGCGGCUGCCCCCGCUGCCCCUGUUGGCCGUCCCAAGCUGAACCUGGCCAAGCGCACCGUGUCCGAGGCUCCCGAUGCCGCUUCUGCCACCAGCUCCGACUCCAAGGCCAGCCCCUUUGGUGCCGCUCGUCCCAUCGACACGGCCGCAAAGGAGCGUCUGAUUGAGGAGAAGAAGCAGCAACAGCUGAAGGAGAAGCGUGAGGCCGAGGAGAAGGCUAAGGAGGAGCGCCGUCUUGCCAAGGAAGCUGCCGCCAAGGAGGCUGAGGAGAAGGCUGCCCAAGAGGCCGCCGCCAAGGCUAACGGCGAGCGCGAGGAGGCUGCCAAGGCGGAGGCUGCCAAGGAGGCAGAGGCUGAGGCCCCCAAGGAACAGGCCCCCAAGGAGGGAGAUGCCCCUAAGGAGGCCAGCGGCUCUGACGAGCAGAAGGCUCCCGUCCGAUCCAGAGAGCCUAGGGAGCCCAGAGAGCCCAGAGAGCCCAGAGAGCCAAGGGAGCCCAAGGAGGCACCCAAGUCUCGCGCUGCCGAGGCCAACAGCUGGAGAUCGGCUGGCGCUCCCCGUGGUCCCCCCUCCGGACCUCGCGGUGGUCGCGGCGGCCCCCGCGGCGGUGGUCGCUUCGAGGGUGGUCGCCCCCCUCGCUCCAACGGCCCUGCGCCCGAGAAGCAGUCGUCGCCUGCUUCGGCGACCGCUGAGGCUGCCGACUCGGAUGCGCCUGUGGAGGACGACGGUUGGACCACGGUCCCCAACAAGGGCCGUCGCAACGUUGGCCCUCGGGGCGCCGCCUAGAGGGCGGGCGUGCGCAGUCCAUUCAUCCUUCAGCGUCCAGCCGGACCCGGUGGGGUUGAGUCGGCAUUUGUCGCUGAGAAGAUGCGCCCGCGUGUCUGCAUGCGCGGCCUAGACGAUAUCUCUCGUCACAUAUACCCAGAUGACUCCGAAUACGAUUCUGACGAACGACUUUACGGCACGAACCGCUUACUUGGGGCUUGAAGGGCAUGAUUCUCCUCGUUCUCGAUACUUUGCUCUCCUCCAACGAACUACAUCUGGCUCAUUUCGGAUCCGCUGAAGGGUGAUAAAACAUCCCUUUUUCUUUUGAUCUCGGCACACCCUCUGCGGUCCUUGUCUCCGAUGGCUCGACAUACAUCGUGGACAAGACAAGGUCUCCUCGACUCUCAACGACUGGAGAAGGCGCGCACUCUCGCACGCAUUCAUCGGAGUUUGCGAAGUGGUUACUAAAAAAGUUGGCGGCUCAUGGGAUGCUGGAAGGAAAGGGGGCUCAUGACCAUGUUGUUUUUCUUCCCCUUCUCAUUAUUCUCUCUCUUUUCCUUUGUUCUCCUCUCCCUCCUCUGUUGUACUCGGAACCUCCGUUUGAAGGGUCUAGAGAUCAGCGAAACCUAUCCGCCAGGGUUUUUCUGCUCCCAGUGAUAAAAAGGGAGCGUAGGGAAUUCACACAGAAAUCUCAACCACAGUUUUUCUACUAGCACUCUCGACUCCUCUCUCUCCAUCUUUCAUCGGUCUCUUUUCUUAGCAGAAUCCGACGCGCAGUGCAACGAUAGAUGAACUCGUCCUCUCCCAGGUAUGAUAAUGGGAAUUUUGAAUGAUGUAUGGAUGGUCGUAUUACGUCUGACGGUUCAUUGCCUCUCAACCCUUCUUCCUUCUUCCUCCUUUAUACAACUAACCCUUGCGUAUCUUGUCUGAGACGACCAUUUUGUCACCCUCUUCUCUCCUGCUUUCUCUUUCCCCUCCGAUACCACAGAAUGAUUGAUGGCGAUGGACUGGAAAAUGGACCGAAUGGAAAGAACGGAGGGUGAGACUGGUAAGGCGGUGUGUUGGGCGGUGUGUUGGGCGUGCCGUUGGCGGUUGGGUGUGUGGUUCGGUCCGUCCAUGAGAUGCUAGAUAGACAAUGACAGGCAAACGGAAUGAAAUACAAAG